CUUGGCGUGCUAGCAGCUACGUUUCUCCUGUACAAUUACGUUUUAAAAUGGAAAAUGGGGAGAAACCUAACGCAUCUACCUACCUACCCCUACGUACCGGUGUUUGGGAACAUGCAUUUAUUACUCAGCGGUGGCAAAGCUUUACAUAAUGUAAUUCUGGAAGUUUCUGAUAUAAUGGACAAAACCAACGUACCCUUCGUUUUAUGGUCAGGCACCAGACCUAUGAUUAUCCUUACCGAUCCGCACGAUAUAAAAAUGGUGAGCAACAACUUCCCCGAGAAACCGUACCUAUACGACUUCGGCAAGACGUGGGUUGGCAAUGGACUCGCCACUGCACCUGUUCACAUAUGGAAACACACAGUUAAAGGCUUCUCGAAAGCAUUAAAAAGUAGAUCAGUGAGGACCUAUCAAGAUGUAUACAAUGCCCAAGCCAAAAAACUGGUCGAUAGCUUGAAAAUCGGCGAACCAGCUGAUGCCUGGAAGAAAAUAUCUUACACUACAUUCGAAACGAUUCUCUUGAUAGCUCUCGGUGCUCCUGAAAUACCGGAUUUAAUCCCAAUUGACGAAUAUCACGAAGCGAUUUCAAAUACAUUCGAGAAAAUAGUAGAACGUAUCCUUAAUGUUCUGUAUCACCCAGAUUUUAUAUUUAAGUGUACAAAAUCGUAUAAGGACCUAAAAAAGAGUACACGUGUUCUGCAUGAUACCACUGACAAGUUGUUCCAGAAAUAUCAACAAAAAGAUUUAACUCCGAAUGAUAGUGAAUCUAAUAGAAAAGUAUACAGGCCGCGAUUCAAGCCGCUAUUAGACCAUUUAAGAGAUAUAAAUAUUUCUGUACGGCAGAUGAAAUCGGAGAUAGAUACUCUGGUGUUCGCACAGGAACCCAUAGCGACUGCAAUGCUUAUUGUAUUAUUGACUAUAGGCUCAAGACAAGAUAUACAAGACAAGCUGUAUGAAGAAGUAAAAGAAAUAUUUGGUGAUACCAAUCGCGAUGUGACAAAGGAAGAUUUGGAGAAGAUGGUCUAUUGUGAAGGAGUCAUUCGUGAGGCACUCAGGUUGCAUCCUCCAGCACCUAUCGUCUUAAGAAACAUAGAUCGGGACUUCAAGAUAAAAUCCUGCACCUUACCAAAGGAUGGCAUAUGCCUUAUAAACAUUUACGGAUCUGGCCGUUCGACUCGACUUUGGGGUGCUGAUGCUUCAGAAUUUAAACCGGAACGUUGGAUAGAUCCUGCCACUCCUCUACCUCCUCUCUUAUCCUUCAGCAUGGGGAAAAGAAGAUGUCUUGGUGAAAAAUAUGCGUAUCACUCCUUGAAAACGAUGAUCGCACAUGUGGUGAGAGAGCUGGAGUUUGAAGCUGACAUCACCAAACUGAAGGUAAAAAUGAAUCUACUAAUUAGAGUCUACGAAGGACUCGAUAGUCUGAAGAUAUGGCAGAGAUGCAACCAUGACUCUGAGAGGACUGAUGCUGUCACACUCUCACACGCAAGAAAUUAAAAGAGUACGAGAAAGAUAACAUACUCUGUAAGGUUAUAGCUGCGAUUUGAAUAGAGAAUACGUGAAUAGAUUUCUCAUGUCCCUAGCCUAUGUCUGACAUAAUAUAUGCAAUAUGCAUGCAUGUCAUGCUUGUC